AUUCUAUGGAGGCUUUGGAAGUGCCGGAAUGUGCUCUUAUUUCAAAGACGUCAUAUACCAUGGUUAAAAGUGCUACAACUAGCAAAAUAUGAUACUCAAGAAUGGCUUGAUAGCCAGAAUCAUAUAGCCAGAAUUUCUCAAACAAUCCCGGGUCCAACAAACACAACAAACAGAAGACAACAGCGAUGGACAAGACCCCCACUUGGAUGGAUUAAGUGCAACUACGAUGGCUCCUACAAAAAAAAUUUACCGACGAAAGCAGGAUGGAUAUUAAGAGAUCACGAGGGUAUUUUUAGGGGAGCUGGUCGGACUAUUACAAGUAGUCUCUCAAAUCUCUUGGAAAGUGAAGCACAAGCCUUGCUAAUUUCGAUGCAGCUAUGUUGGGCUAAAGGAUAUACACGAGUCGUUUUUGAAGGAGAUUCACAACAAUUACAGAAGUUAAGCCUAAACUGCGGUUUACUCAAUUGGCUGAGAGAGAUUUGGCAUUGGUCUACAGGUUUUGAAGACAUCAAAUUCUGUUGGGUACCAAGAGAACAUAAUAGUGAAGCUCAUGCUGUUGUGAUAUCAAAUGAUGCUCCUUUAAUUUCUUAUGUUUAUUAUCACACUCUUCUUAUCUGUAACUAA